GGAAGGUGCAUUUAACAUUGUUUAAAGGAUUUACUAUUGUUUUAUUUAAUAGUUUAUCACUGUAAUUUGUGUUCGAAAGGAAAACAUGGUGCACUGUGUGGCAUUUGGAUGCCGUAACAAAAGUGACGGUGGAACGAAAGGUUUUUUUCUAUUCCCGAAGGAUGAUACUUUGAGGAAGAAGUGCACAAAUGCCGUGAAAUCAUUGAGAAAUGUUAACGGAACGUUAAAGCCAUUUGUGCCGACGAAAACUUCACGUUUGUGCUCUAGACAUUUCACCGACGAGUCAUUUGUACAUCCACCGAGUAUAAUGAACUCAGUUGGUUUGACUUUGAAACUACAGCUUGUUAAAGGUGCAGUCCCUACAAUUUUUCCAGAAAUUGAAGCGUUUAAAAACAACAACAAACCUUCAUCAGUAAGCCACCUAGGGCCACCAAAGAGGAAAAGGACAUCCUAUGGAGGCUUUGAGAAAAGGAAUAGAAAAUCAUGUGUUGAUGAACUCAUCAAGUCUCAGGAGCUACUUGAGAAAGAAGAGGAAGAGAGACAGCGAAUUGAAGAGGUGCUAAGUUCGGAAGUGGUUGAAGAGGGUUCAUUACAUUGAGAUAUGUGGUAAUACAACUUCCAGAGCCUGCCAGACAUCAGAGGUGAGUUACAUACUACUGUAUUAAAAUCAAGAUUUCAGAAUAAAGUUUUGGUGCAGUAAAAUAUUUUUGUGUCGCCUUGAAAAAGCCAUGUCAGCUUGUCCAGAGCAUAAGUCAGUCAUUAUAAGUCGGAUUGACUUCAAACUUGGUAUGCAUGCUUCUUAUAAUGACCCCAAGUGCAGUGCACAAGAACCGGUACUCGGCACUUCUUCAUUUUUGAGUUAUUGCCCAUUGUUAAUUUUCAUACUUUAUUGACAUAAUGUACAUAUAGUGAAAAUCAAUGACCCCCCGGGCGGGGCUGAUUUUGACCCCAGGGCUAUAAUUUAAACAA